AUGAACAUGGAGGGGACGAUCGUUGCGGGGCACGCCGCGGGCGCGACGCUCCAGGCCCGGCAAGCCUCCCUGGAGCUCCUGAGAGAGCUGACUUCCGGGCAGCUGGCAAGCAGCUGGAGCGCGGCGUGGGGCCUGCUCGGAUCGGCGCACCUGGAGGUGCAGCAGUUCGCCCUCACCGUCCUCCAGCACCUCGUGCAGUCCCGGUGGGGCGAACUGAGUCAGGAGGAGGCCUCGCAAGCCGCCCAACAGCUCACAGGGUUGCUCGACUCCUGCUCGGCACCGACGACGCCGUUUCCGGUGCGGUCGAAGGUCGCCGUCCUCCUUGCCGAGGCCAUCAAGCACGGCGAUUCUGCGUUGUGGAGGACCGUGCUGCAGAAGGUGGCCACGAUGGUGCAGGCGGGGCCCUGCAGCGCCUCGAUGGCGCUGCUGAUUCUGAAGUACGCGCAGGAGGAGAUCACGCAGCCGUCCAGCUUCGUGCAGCAGGACGCGAAGCGGCUGCUGCUCGCGGAGCUCAUCUCGUCCCUGGACACCGCGCUCCCCAUCAUGCACCAGGUCGUGGGGUCGUACAGCACGGAGUGGCAGCGGGCGACGUCGUCGGGAGACGCCGCACUGCUCCGCUCCAGCAUCAUGGUGCUGACCGACGCGCUGUCCGCCGCCGCGGCGUUCGCGGAAUGGGCGCCGGUCGGCCUCAUCAUGGACUGCGGUCUCAUCGACGACGCUGCGAACGUCGCAACGGUCGAGGACCUGCGGCUGGACGGCGUCGAGGUGCUCCGGAGUCUCGCCGAGCGGAAAGCGAAGGACGAGGACGUCACGAAGUUCCGCGCCGUGAUGGCCCGGUGUGCCGAGGCGCUGCAGUACCACGUGCAGGUGUUGACGCGGCGGCCCGACCUGCACAAACGCGUCGAGAGCGGCGGCGUGGACGAGGACUACGCGAAGCGCCUGUGCGACACCAUGUCCGUGUUGGGGUGCAAUCACUGGGGGGCCAUCGGCGAGAGCACCAAGGUGGCGUACCUGCAGGCCAUGCUUGGCUUCCUGCAGCAGGAGAUGACGCUGUCGUCGUGGGCGAUGCCCUUUUGGGCAGAGCUGCUCAGACAAGAGUCCGCUCGGCGCUCCAACAGGGACAGAGCCGCCGCGGCGCCGAGCAGCUUCAACGUGCCUGACGAGGCCGUGCUGUCCGUCCUCGACCUGGUCUCGAGCCGUCUCCUUCAGGUCAUCACGCUGCACGAGACCGAUCCGGACGCGACGACGGACCCCCUCGCGGCGUUCGACUCCCCGGAGGAGUGGCACAGCUUCUAUGCACACUACAAGAACAGCCUCCAGCAGGUGUCUCGCCUGGGCACGGCGAUAUGUGGGUCGCAGGUGAUGGUCGUUGCGCGGUCGAAGCUGGAAGACUCCCUGCGCCUGCUCGCGACGAACAUCCGCACGCCCGAGCUCGCAACGGCAGCGCAGCUGGAGGCCUCCGUGAGUUUCUUGGAAGCCAUCAUGCAGGCGCUACCUCAGUCGGACUUCGCGGUGGGUUCGGCGGCGUCUGAGCACUGCGGUGCGUUGCUGGAGCAGAUCCUGCAGCUGACUGGCUGCCCUCACCCGCAGUCGGCGACGUCGCUUGUGCAUGCGAUCGUCUCCCUCGGCAAGUACCUCGCGACGCAUGCGGAGUCGAUGGCCCGCGUGCUCGAGUACGUCUUCGGGCUGCUUGGGGCCAUCGAGCUGGAGAGUGCAGGCGCGCCCCCUGCGACGCCGCCGCCCGGCUGGCGCGAGGCGUACAUCGGGCGGACCAAGGUUGUGGGGGGCAUCCUCGGGUUGGCACAACAGUGCCCGCAGGCGCUGGGCCUGCACCUCGACGCGAUAGCGAACCUCGCGGACCAGCUCAUGGCGUCGCAGCGGCUGCGUUACGGCGAACGCAACGUCGUCGUCGAGGGUCUCCUCACUGCUUGUGCGUCCUUGUCCGCCGGUCCUGAGAGAACGCACCAGAUUCGCACCGUGUUGAACUGGGCGCUCGGUCCUUUGAAGGCGGAGUGGUCCAGCCAGGCCGUCCAGGAGGCGCUGCAAUCACCCCAGAAAUUCGUUGCAUACUACUGUCCCAUUCAGGCUCCCGAUGAGCACGUGGCGAACCUCGACACGCCGCCCGACAGCCUCCCCGACCACCCAGUGCAAGAUCAUCUUCAGUGGGCUUUCCCCACCAUGCUCGCCGCCCUCGGUAACAUACACGCCCUGUCUGGACCAUCUGGUCGCCGUCUCCUCGGACCUUUCGACGCCGCGCUGGACCCCUCCCCGUACGAGAAGCUAGUCCUCUUGGGGCAGAACGCGAUCCCAGGGGGGGCCUUUGCAGGCCGCGGGCUGGGGUACGCGGAAUCGGGAGGUUCGGUGGCAGGACCAGCUGUGCCGUCUCUGCGCAGCUGGCUACGCGGCCUGCGAGAAACCUCCUACCAGAUCAUCAAUCUCGCUUUCUCGCGCGUUCCCAAGAUCUACCUGGAACCCGAACUCGCGGCUGCUGCCAACGACGAGGUCAUGCGGGAGCGCAUCCUCCGAGACAUCUCGAAGGAGCACUGCACGCUGCUCUCGACCAUCGCCGUGCCCUCGCCGGUCCCAGGCGACCCAACGUCUCAGCAGACGCCGCUCCAGUUUCUGCUCCACACGGAUUUCAGUGCCGGCGAGGCUGCUGUCAUGACAGCUGUCGAUGCGCUAGUGUGGCAGGACACGGACUCCACGCACAAGGCGGUCAUCGUGUGUCGGACAGUGAUAGACAUUGCUAGAGAAACGAAAUUGCAGGGCCUGUGCGACCUAGUUGGGGGCAGAAUGAUGCGGAACCUCGUGAUAGCUCUAACGCACGCCUCGAAUCAGGUGACGCACGGCGAGAUGGUCGGACUGAUUCGCGACGUGAUCCAGCUCUCGCACCUGACCAGCGAAGUGAGGGCAACGCUAGCUAUGCUCAUCGGGGAGACGGAGGCUGCCUCCUUCCUCAGCGAGUUCGCGUCCAAGCCCAAGGAGGCCGAGCAGCGCGCGCUGAUCAAAAAGCUCCUUCUGCGCGCUGCCGGUAGUGCACUGAAGGCCAUGGCGCAGCCUAGGGUGCAGGCGGAGAGCGUCGGCGCCAUCUCAGCGCAGAAGGCCAGGGCCAAGCCCAAGUAUCACCAGCCAGCAGCCGAGGAAGAGCCCGGGCACUUAGACUGGCUAGACCUGUAG